AUCAUUCUUCUAAAACACCAACCCUGGAUCCAGGGGGGGCCACCCUCUUCCAAAAUUAAAAAACAAAAAGAGUGGGGAAAAAAAUCAAAGGCCUUCCUCCCCAUUCUUAUACCACCCACUUCCACUCCCCUCACCAUUUCCAAAGAGAAUCUACAUCCCAUCAUCCAGGAGGAGAACCACCACCCCACCAUGGGCAUGGCUACACAAAUCAUAAGAAGAUCCAUUCAUGCCUUUUUCCAGAGCUACCACUCCUUCACCUCCAUCGCCACCCUUUUCGUCUUCCCUGUCUCGGCUUCCCUGCUUCUCUCCCAAGCAUUCAUCACCUCUUCUGCUGUCAUCCUACCCAGCAUCUCUUCUCGCCUUGAAUCAUUGUUCCAAGCUGCAGGCUUUCCUACAUCCCAAUUCUUUUCCCUCGUCCAACUCAAGAUCUCUCAAACUAUCUUCUCCUUCGUCUUCACAUUCCCCUUCAACCUCACCUUCCUACUCCUAGCCAAAGCAUCCAUCGUUGAAACUAUUCGCGAAUUCUCCCACCGCAAUCAUGCUCCUCCAUUAUCCUCGUUCCUCCACCUUCAUCGCUCGCUCCUACUGACUUAUCUCUUCAACUCUUUUGCCAUCCUCUCAGCCAAUGCCACCAUAUUUUCCCUCCUAUUCCUUGUCUUCAAUGGUGUGGAUAUCAUUGGCUUCUCUUCAAGCAAUUCUUUCCUCCUAUCUGCAGCUGCUGCUGUUCUCUACUCGGUGAUCAUCGCCAAUGCAACAGUACUCUGCAACCUGGCAAUUAUAGUAGCGGCAAUGGAGAAUUGCGGUGGGUACCUCCCAGUCCUCAAGGCAUUCAUGCUCAUCAGGAGCAGGCUCAUGACGGCGUUAACUCUGGCCUUGCCUGCCAAUCUGGGGAUGGCCGCUAUCGAAGCUUUGUUUCAGUACAGGGUUGUGAGGCCAUACCAUCUGUCAAAAUUCAGUCCAUCAGUCAUCUGGGAGGCCUUCUCAAUCACUUACAUGCAUUCCCUCAUCAUUGUUCUUGAGACCAUCAUGAGCUGCAUAUUCUUCGAGAGCUGCAAGUUGGAGUGCCGCACAAAUUUGGAGAAUAGAAGUUUUUACAGAACAGAAUUGGAACCAGAAGAGAAAGAUGCUCUACAAGUCUGAGACUUUGCCCCCCCUUCUCUCAGUUUAUUUAUAAUCUUGCUUUCAAAUUGUUCAUGAACUUCAGAGACCACAUCCAAGCUACAACAGAGAACCAUAAUCAUCACAUCAAACACUAAUCUACAGGCAUUGCUUUGGUGUAGCGAAAAAAUCUCACAAUCCAGGAGAAGAGUACAGCAUUUGUUUUUAUAGCAAGCUUUAUAUGGUGUCACAAAUUGUGGAAGGAAUGGGAAAAAGAAAACCUGUUUUUCCCAUCAUCCCAUUUUUCUUGUAAACCUUUUUCUUGUUGUCUGAUUGUAAAAAUGUAAUGAAUAACAUUCUUCCAAUAUGCA